AUGACGUCCAUAGAUAUUGAGCGCUGGACGCAUAAUGACAAAAAAACUAUCUCACGAUCGUUCCUCUAUGGGCUCACUUUGCUUGUUGGUCUCAUUUGGGGGUCCGUUCUUCUUGUUUCGUCGGUGAAUACUUUGGUAUCAUUAAAAGACGAACUGGUCAUUACCACAGCUGUGAACCACAUAAAUGAUGAUUACUCGUGGCAAAAAUCUUCCUCUAAGCAUCAGUUGACUCUCGAGACUUGGAGGAAAGGAACAUUCAGACCUACUUUCCAGCUGAUACAGUGGAUUCAGAGCCCCGAGUCUGUCCACAAUGACCAAGGAACCUAUCUAGUGAAGGAAACUUCUGACAGCGACAAGAAUGCCUACGUAGUGAAAAGCAUUCUUGAUGACAAAUACACCCAUACUUUGUUCAGUGGAUCGUCGUUCAAGUAUCAUGGUGUCGAAUAUAAAGUGCACGACUUACAAGCCUCGCCAGAUUUGACUCGCGCCGUAAUCAGAACUGAUUGGGUUCACGGCUGGAGACAUUCGUCCUCGGCACUUUUUUGGAUAUUAGAUGUUGAGAGUCAGCAGAUUGUUCCUCUUUUUAACACAAAUGACAAAAUAUCCUUUGCCUCUUGGUCGCCAACAUCUGAUCACAUUGCUUUCGUUUACGACAACAAUAUUUUUGUCAAGGAUCUCGCUUCAGGAACUAUAUCUCAGCUUACCUUUGAUGGCAGUGCUGAUGUAUUCAACGGGAAGCCAGACUGGGUGUACGAGGAAGAGGUAUACGCUUCAGAUCGCGUCUUAUGGUGGUCGCCUGAAGGCGAUAAGUUUACUUUCUUGAAAUUCAACGAUGCCUCGGUUCCUGACUUCCCAAUUCCAUACUAUGUUCAAGAUGGUCACGACGAAUAUCCAGAGAUGGUGUCUUUGAAAUAUCCGAAGCCAGGCUAUUCCAACCCCAUUGUUGAAUUGGUGGUUGCUCAGCUUCCUAAAUCUUCGGGUUCGGCGUUCAAAAUGUACAACGUUGAUUUCUCCUCGUCUGAAAUAAAAGAAAGAUUGAUCACGGAGGUUCUCUGGGUUUCCAACACUCAAGUACUUGCCAAAAUUACAAACCGUGCAAGUGAUGUUCAGGAAGUCUACUUGAUUCCUUCCGAGCAAGACCAGCAAGUUUCAAUCGUAAGGAGUCUCAAGGCCUCAAGUGGAUGGUUUGAGGUCAACGCCAAUGCCAUGUUCGUACCCAAGAAUGCUUCUUUGGGUAGAUAUGCCGAUGGCUAUAUUGACCUUGUUGAGAAGGACGGUUUCAAUCACUUAGCUUACUUCCUGCCUCCUGAAAGCUCGAAUCCUAUCUUUCUUACAGGAGGACAAUGGGAAGUUCUAUCUAACUACGUGGAUUUACAGAACAAUAUUGUUUACUUUACUGCUACAAUCUCAGCUUCUGUGGAACGCCAUUUUUACUCAAUUGAUUUGCUCCAUAUUUUUCACGAACAGGGUUUGCCUAAAAUUAACCCAAUAACAAAUGGAACAAAAUGGUAUGGGGGCUCAUUCUCUUCAGGCUCCAGAUUCUUGCUCUUAAACGAUCUCGGUCCUGAUGUACCUCUGCAACGUCUUGUCGAUUUGCACGAAAACAGGGUCGUUAAGACAUUAGAAACCAAUGAGCAUAUCGCAAAACUGAUGACAGAAUACGACUUGCCAAAGGCCAAUGUCUCGGUCAUUGAUUUAAUUCCAGAUGGUAACAAAGGAAAAUCUAUUAAGGUAAACACUGUGGAAAUUUUGCCGCCAAACUUCGACCCAUCGAAGAGAUACCCGGUUCUAUUCUACGUUUAUGGUGGCCCUGGGUCGCAAUUGGUUACACAAACUUUUGCAAUUGAUUUCAGCCACGUCAUCGCAGCUCAUUUAAACUCUGUGGUUGUCACUGUCGAUGGACGGGGUACCGGGUUUAACAACUUAAAUCUGGACUUGGGGUCUCAAUUCAAAUUUUGUGUUCGUGAUAAGUUGGGACAUUUUGAGCCACUCGAUCAAAUUGCAGCUGCGAAAGAAUGGGCUAGCCGCACAUAUGUCGACGAAACGAGAAUCGCCAUCUGGGGCUGGUCUUACGGAGGCUUUUUGACCUUGAAAACCUUGGAAAAAGACAAGGAUCGUGUGUUCUCGUAUGGAGUCUCCGUCGCCCCUGUCACUCAGUGGAAGCUUUACGACUCGAUCUAUACUGAAAGAUACAUGCGUACUCCUCAGGAGAAUCCAGAGGGUUAUGUUACAGCAAGCAUCUCGGAUCCAGAGAGUUUCAAGGAUGUCACACGAUUCUUGAUCAUGCAUGGAUCCGGAGAUGACAAUGUCCAUUUUCAAAACAGCUUGCGUCUUCUCGAUGAAUUUAAUUUACACUCAGUGGAGAAUUUUGAUUUCAUGGUGUUCCCAGAUUCAGACCACUCAAUCAGCUACCACAAUGGUAAUAAGGUCGUCUAUGACCGUAUUGUGGAUUGGCUCAGACGCGCUUUUGCCAACGACUUCACUCGUUCAAACUCACCCUCUCUCAAUUAG